CCAUACCCACCGGCGCCACGAAUUUUUGUGACAUUAAAGCUGCCUCCGUUUCCAAAAAAAUAUAACUGACAACGGAGUAGGGCCACGCUAUAUAUUUUACCAGGUUAUGGUUAAAAAUUAAAAAUAAUUUAUAGUUGUUUUGUGUAUAUUUUAUACAUUUCUAACGAGCAACUUCAACUUUAAUAAGUAAUAAGCAAAAACUAAAAUGGCUUCAAACGAAGGCCGUGUUCAAUCUAACUUGCAUCAGCAGGAUCUAUCUAAAUUGGAUGUUACAAAAUUAUCGGCAUUGUCUCCUGAAGUUAUAUCAAGACAGGCUACUAUCAACAUUGGAACAAUUGGGCAUGUAGCUCAUGGGAAGUCAACAGUUGUGAAAGCUAUAUCAGGAGUACAAACUGUCAGAUUUAAGAAUGAGCUUGAAAGAAACAUUACUAUUAAGUUGGAGCGUGUAUCUGACUCACUCAUAAGAAUGUUUUGUGAAAGAAGUGAAGAAAUAGCUGAAGAUGUAUUUCAAGGAAAAUUAACUAAAGGAAAACACAAUCAGCAUACACUGUCUGAGGCCGAAGAACCCCCUGCAAAGAAAAGGAAAAAGAAAAGUCAAGAUCUAGAAGAGUUUCAUAUUGAAAAUAUACUUGACUUUAAGUUUGAAAAUGGCAUAGAAUACUUCUUUAUAAAAUGGAGAGGCUGGCCAGAUAGUGAUAAUACUUGGGAGCCAAUUGAAAACUUAGAUAAAUGUCCUGUUAUUCUACGGUCAUUUUUAUUUCAUCAAGAAGAAAAAUAUUGUAAGUCAUUUGAAAAACUUACAGGUGAAUUGUCAUUUGACAACUUACUCAGUGAAGAGAAUCUUGUUAAAAGAUUAGUGGAUUUUGAAGAAUUUCCCGUGUUAACUUUAAAAGAUAAACUUUUAAUAAAAUUGUUAAGUCUGACAACCCUGACUCUAAAAGAAGAAUGCCAUGUAGCUAACUUAGUGCAGGAAACAAGAGAUAUCCUACAAAUGUAUGUUUUGGCUAGAAAAAGAUGUAGACAACUUAUGGCUUUAAAGGAAUGGGAGGAGUUUUUGAAUCAAGUUGAUAAAUGUAAGAGGUUAGUUGUUGAAAAUGAAUUUGAUUUGUGUGGCCCUCCAGAGAAUUUUACAUAUAUUAAUGAAUGUAUUCCAGGGGUGGGAGUUGUUAUACCAACAGAACCACCCAUUGGUUGUGAUUGUACUGCAUGCAAUUGUCGAUCAAAAGGCUGCUGUGGAAUGCAAGCUGGUCUAUUUGCCUAUACAAUCAAGAAAAGGCUAAGAGUGGCAUCCGGCACACCCAUCUUUGAGUGUAAUAAAGCAUGUAAAUGUUUAGAUAAUUGUAACAAUCGUGUAGUGCAGAAAGGUAGAAACAUAAAGCUCACAAUAUUCAGAACAAGUAAUGGCUGUGGGUGGGGAGUUAAAACUUGUCAAAAAAUCUAUCAAGGUCAGUUUAUCUGUCAGUAUGUCGGUGAAGUCAUUACUUUUGAAGAAGCAGAAAAGCGCGGUCGGGAGUAUGAUGCCAAUGGUCUAACCUAUCUAUUCGAUUUGGACUUUAACUCGGCCGAGAAUCCUUAUACCAUUGAUGCCUGCAAUCUAGGUAAUGUAUCACAUUUUAUAAAUCACUCUUGUGAGCCAAAUCUUGGAGUUUGGGCAGUUUGGGCAGAUUGUCUCGAUCCAAAUUUACCCAUGUUAGCGUUAUUUGCAACGAGAGAUAUUGAAGCUGGGGAAGAAAUACGCUUUGACUACCUGCAUAGGUCUAAUGAAGAAGAACCAACAACCCCACAUAAAGUAUCACAAGAAGUAACUGAUCCAGAUCCAGACACAAAUCUGCCAUCUCCUUCAGAAGGGAACACGGCCAGUUCUCCAGUGUCUCCAGAAAAAUUGAGAUAUGAAGUACAUCAGCAAAAUAAGAGUUUGAGAAAACAAACAGAGUGUAAAUGCGGCGCUGUUAAGUGUAGAAAGUAUAUAUUUUAAGAGUGAUAACCAUAACAUGUGUGAGUUAAAGUUUUUACUUUGUCUUGUUGUCACUGUCAUAUUAGUAAUAUAUAUAGAUAAUAGUAUUAUAAGAAUUAUUUGAGCAUUUUUGGCAAUGAUUUUGUUUGUAAAAUAUAAGUUUAUCUAAAAUUAUAUUUGUAUUUGAUCAUUUUUUUGGUUGCACGAACAAAUGCUUAUUGGGUUUAAAUUUUAUUGAUCUAAAACUUUAUUAAUGUCAUAAUUUUUACUCUUCUGAAGUUCUGAGUUCAAAGAGUUUAGAGGGUAAAUGCAUAUUAUAUAAUUUUUAAUUUAGUACCUUAUUAAGUUUAUGCUUUAUCACAUAAAAUUGUUCUUUUCUUGAAUAAGGCUUAGAAAUAUUGUUAGAUGAAAACAUUUAAGUAAGUUAUUUUGUAAGAUGAUAUCUGAUUAUAUGUUAUUUCAUAAAAAAAAAAUUAUUAUCAUUUACAAUAUUUACACAUACAAUUAUGGAGUAGUAUGUCUAUAUAUGGUACUGUAAACUUUCAAGAGUUUUAGCAUAUGUAAUGAUGAUAUCCGCUGAGCAGUGGACCAGAUGGACUCAAUUUCGAAUUGGUUUCUCAUUAUUAUACAAUUCUGUAAAAGUACCUUUUUUAUGUAAUGUAUUAUGCAAACUAUAGAAGUAUAAUUUAUAUUUUUUUAAAUAAAUUUAGAUUUAUUUUACAAGCUUUGCGAUUU